AUGAAUUCGAAUGAAGAUCCGGUCGACUACUGCCCGUACCGGGCAAACGUUGGCUGGGGCCAAGUCCAGACACAGGACUUCUCCAAGGUCAACUACUUUCAAGCCUCGGAUGACGAGCUACGGAAUGACGACGACGUAUUCGCCAACGGUCAGGUGUACCCCGCGCAGCCACAAGCUUCGUCAAGUAGCAAGAAGAAGAAGAAGAGCAAAAAAGACAAGAAGGCCGCCGCGGCACCACCAGCCCCGGCCAUCUACGACGAAGCACCAACACCUCCCGAGUACGCCGCACCAGAAACACCACAAGAAACCGUCUUCGCCGAUGAAGAGUGGGCGCCAAUAACCAAGGCAAAGAAGAAGAAGAAGAAGAAGGGCCAGAAGGAGGAAGUUGCACCGCCUCCUCCCCCUCCACCGCCUGUAGAACCGGAGCCGACACCUGAACCCGAAGAGGAACCGGAACCUCAGCGCGAGCCAACAAUCCCGGAGGAGCCAGAGCAAGAGCCAGAGCCUAAGCAAGAACCAGAGCCUACACCUGAGCCUGAGCCUGAGCCCGAGCCCGAAGUCGUUGCAGAGCCGCCGCCCUCGCCACCUUCCAAAAAGUCCAAAGAGUCCGCCAAGGAGGUACCCAAAGAAACACCAAAGGAAUCCUCUAAGAAGAGCAAGAAAGACAAGAAGAAGGACAAAAAGAAGAAGAAGGGCGCCAAGGAGGCUGAACCGGAGCCGGUUGAGAGUCCCAAGUCCGUUCCCGCGGAAGACGCCAAGCCGCCCAAGAUGGACGAGCCAGAGGUCCCUGCUGCCGACCGUAGUCUUGGGGAGUCCAAGGACGACGCCGACAAGGGUGACUCGAGCGCCAUCCCAGCAGCUGCAGCCGCAGCCGCGAUUGCGACCGCUGGAGUAGCGGCUGUCGUUGCGACAGAUGCGGCAUCUUCAGAUGCACCGGAUGCGCCCACCAGCGAGGAGAAGCAGGAGGACAACGAUGCGGAACCCUCAGACACGCCUGCUCCUGCUCCUGAGCAGGAGGAGGCUGCGGCUGAAGCGGAAGCCCCUGCAGAUGUCUCCGCUGUUGUUGAGAAUGCAGAAGAAGAAGCUCCCGCAGACACUCCAGAUGCUCCUACAGAGCCUUCAGACGCGCCUGCUAGCGACGAGAAGGUAGAGAGCAACACGGAUGCUCCUGUCGACGAUACCAAGCAGGAUGAUGAGAAUGCAGCUCCCAUGGACGCUCCCGAAGCCCCUGCAGAUGCACCAGACGCUCCCGCAGAUGCACCGGACGCUCCCGUGGAAGAGGAGAAGGUUGAGAGCACGCCUGAAGCACCCGCCGACGAUGAGAAGCAGGGUGAAGAAGCUGCUUCUGCAGAUGCUCCAGAAGUCUCAGAAGCCCCUGUGGCCGACGAGACGUUGGAGGAGGAAAAGGCAGCACCUUCAGAUCCUGUAGAUGCUCCUGUGGAGGAGGAGAAGCAGGAAGCUGAGGAUGCGGCUCCUUCCGACACCCCUGAUGCUCCCGCGGACGCGCCAGAUGCGACAGACGUUCCCGUCGCUGACGAGAAGGUCGAGGCUGCAGAUGCUGCUCCCGCAGACAGUGCUGAAGCCACCGCCCCGGAAGACGAGGCCAAGGCUGCGGAAGAAGCCACUGCAGACAGCGCUGAACCUGCUGUGCCUGAGGAGAAGGCCGAAAACGUCGACGAGUCACCAGCAGAUCCCACACUGGAGGCUACGCCUGAUGCUCCAGAUGAAAGUACACCGCCGACGGAACGGCCCGCCGCUGAAGAGUCUGAGGAUCUCCCAGCUGCGGAUGCCACCGCCAGCGUUCCCGAGGAGGAAUCAGGUGACAAGGCCGAGGGCGAUGCGGCGGCCGAGGCUGCUCCUCCACCUGAGGACUCUGCGCCAGCUGAUCCUGCUCUUCCGGUCGAAGAUGCUACGCCGGUUGAAGAUGCUGCGCCGGUUGAAGAUGCUGCGCCGGUUGAGGCUGCUGAUGAAGCUGCUGCCACUGAGCCAGCGGAAACUCAAGAUGCCCCGGCCAUUGACACCACCGAUGAUGUAACGACUGCCGACGAUGCGCCCAUCAAACCGGAGGAAGCAAGCGACAAGCCUGCCGAGGAUGCUCCUGCCCCCGAAGAAGCCAAGAGCGAAGAAAUCGAACCACCUGUUGCUGAGGCUGUCGAAAAAUCAGCGGCUGCCGAUACAACGUCCAGCGAUCCCGCAGAGGGAGGAAAAACGCCUGAAGAGACUGUUGCCACCGAAGAGACCGUCGCCCCUGAGGACCAAGAGAAGCCAGAAGCCGCGGCGGCAGAGGUUGCGGAACCCGAAGCGUCCGCCGCCCCUGAAGAUGAGGCCUCCGCCCAGCCUGAAGAGUCGGCUUCUCCAGACCAGCAAGGUGACGAGGGCGCCGCGCCUGCGGAGGAAGACAAGGCAGAUGCCGCAGACGAGACCGCUGCUCAACCCGACCCUGACACCACAUCCGCAACUGUCGAAGAAGAAGCCAAGGACCCGCCCAGCGACACACCUCCGGCGGAACCCGUCAGCGAGACUACACCUGAUGAUGCGGCCGUGCCAGUCGAGGCUGCCAGCGAAGAACCAGCUGAGGCUGCUAGCGAGCAGCCACCCGAACCUCCCAGUGACGAAGCGGCACCGGCUGAGACUGCCACCGAGCCAGUAGCCGAGGACCCAGCGGAAAAGCCCAGCGAUGCUCCUCAAGAGGAAUCCGUCGUUGAAGCUCCUAGCGAACAGCCUGCGAAACCUUCCGGCGAACAGCCAACUGAGGUUGCAAGCGAGGAGCCAGUCGCGGCUACCGCUGAGGAGCCGGCUGAAACUUCCGCCGAGCAACCUACCGAGGUUCCAACUGACGCCGCUCCGGAGGAUGGUUCGGAUGAAAAGCCAGCCGAAGACACGGCUGAGACGCAAGUCUUAUCAGCUGACCCGGCCGCUGAAGAGCCCGCUCCAGUCGAGGAGUCUACCAAGGAGCCUGUCGAAGAGCCAGUCGAGGCACCAGUCGAGGCACCAGUCGAGACACCGGCUGAAGCACCAGUUGAGGCUCCAGCAAAGGCGCCGGCAGAAGCGCCGGCAGAAGCACCGGCUGAGACAGUCGAGGCGGCCACCGAGGAGCCCGCCGAGGAGCCCACCGAUAAGACCGCCGAGGAUGCCAGCAUCACCCCGGAAGAAGUACCGGCCGCCGAGAUCCAGCCUGAAGACGCAGCCCCAAUUGAGACUCCUGAUCAGCCACCAACUGAGGAAGCCUCUCCUGGAGAGGAAAUCGAGGACAAAGCUGCCGACGCUCCCCACGAGGCCAAGCCAGAAGAGGAUCCGGUCUCAACGUCCCCUGACGAUGAAGCACCACAAGACGCACCCGUGUCAACUGAAGGUAUGGACCAGUACGAACUGAUUAGCGACGGCAAAGACUUUACCUUUUCGGAAGCAAAUCUAAACAUAGAGACCAAGGAUGCUAAGACAGCAACAGAGCCAGUCACGGAAACCGAGGAAGCUGCCACGGAGGAGACCCCUGCCGAUGUUCCCGCCGACACACCAGUGGAGCCCACUCCGGUUGCGGACGCGGACCCUGCGGCCGAACCGGAACCAACUCCGGAAGCCGAGACCGCAGCCGAUGCGCCCGCAGAGCCUGCCGAACCGGCCGAAACUCAGACUCCGGAUGAUGCCAAAGCCGAGGAAACAGCCGAGCCCGAACCCACUGCUCAGGAGGACGACGUUCCAGAGCCUGCCGUCGAGCAAAGUAGCGAGGAAGCCCCUGCCGCCGUGCCGGAGCCCGCCCCCGAGAGCACCGAAGCGGAGACCACUGAGGCCGCGCCCGCGUCGGACAGCCAAGAGGAAGUGGCUGAGGCCACCGCUGAAGCAGACUCUACGCCGGAAGAAAGUAAGGCUGAAGCGACCGAGACCGAGGCCGCUCCACAGCCCGAGGCUUCCGACCCUGCUCCAGAAGUCGUCGAUGCGUCGGCGGAAGAGACCAAGGACGAGGGUGACGAUGCUCCAAAGCCCACCGAUGAGCCAGCUGCUGAACCGGCCACUGACGAACCUGCCACUGCUGAACCUGCCACUAUUGAAGAGGCUCCUGUCGUUGACGAGAGCCCCGCCGCGGAGGCUGCGGCUGUUGACGGCGGCGAGGCCCCAGCUGCAGAGGAAGCACCCACGACAGCACCUCCUGCAGAAGAAGCUGUCAGUACUGAGCAGGCUCAAGAGAGCCCUGCCGACACCCAGCCCGCUGAGGAAAGCGUUGAGGACCAGCCUGCAACUGCCGAAGACAAGCAAGAAGAUGCAGUGCCAGCCCCCAACACGGCCGAAGAGGUAGCUCAGCCCGAUGCACCUGCUCCCGAGACUGAAGAAACCCCUGCGGGCGAGGAACAAGGCAAUGACAGCCCCGCCGAUGGCGACGCAGCCCAACCAAGCAAUGUCGAAGAGGAACAACCCGCUGCAAUCGAUCCACCCGCAGCAGAGGAGACCGCGGAAGACAAGCCUGUUGUUGAAGCUGCCCCAGAGGAAGACGCUCAGCCUGAAGAAGCCGCCGCUCCAGCGGAAGAGACUCAAAACGAGAGCGAAGACGCUCCCGCCCCUGCUCCUUCAGACGAACAACCGGAAGCUUCUGCCGAAGAACCCAAGGAAGUCUCUGCUGAAGGCGAGGCCGCUCCUGAAACUCAGGAAAGCCCCGUCGGUGAUGAGGUCGAAAAGGCGGUUGUCCAAGAGCAAGAUACCCAGCCAGACUCUUCUGCAGACACAGCCGAGGCACCAGCUGAGGCACCACAAACCGACGAGGCAAAGGAACCCGAGAGUGAUCCUGCAGCUGAGCCUGUUGAAGCCAGCGAACCGGAACAGCCCGUUGAAGCUAGCGGACCCGAGGAACCGGCGGCCGAAGCCGGCGAGGCCAGUGAAACUGCGCCCGAGCCUGCCGAGCCCGUCGAAUCUGAGCAACCUGCGGCAGAGACGGCUGAGACGGCUGAAGCUGAGCAGCCUGCCCCGGAGCCCGUCGAGGCCACCGAGGCAGAGCAAGCUGCGCCUGAACCUCAAGAACAACCGGCUGAGUCCAGAGAGCCCGCUACGCAGCCCGAGGCCGACCCGGUCGAGCCGAGUGAGGCUGUGGCAAGCCCUCCUGAGGGCGAGGAAGCUUCUGCGGAACCUGUCGCGGCCGAAGCCCCCGCUGAGCCGGUCGUUGCCGACGAAGCUCCAGCCGAACCUGCUGUGGAGGAACCUGCUUCUGAGCCAGCUGCUGAACCUGCUGCUGAGUCUUCUACGGCCGAAGAGCCUCCUGCGGCCGAGCCUGCUGCAGAGGAGCCCGCCGCUGAGCCUGUCGCGGCUGAGGAAAAGCCCGCGGAGCCAGCUCCUGCCGAAGAACCCCAAGCCGAGCCAGUCGCAGACGAACCUUCUGCUGAGCCUGCUGCGGAGCCUGCCGCGUCUGAGGAUGCCCCUGCUGAGCAAGUCACCGACGAACCUGCUGCUGAGCCUGCCGCCGAGCCUGCUGCAGCUGAAGGAACUCCAGCUGAACCAGCUCCAGCUGAACCAGCUCCAGAGGAGAACGCUGCAGCGGAAGAAACUCUGGCUGAACCGGUUACAGAAGAUGCUACUGCCGAGCCUGCUUCUGUUGCUGCAGUUGAAGAAGCGCCAGCUGCUGAGCCAGCAGCCGCAGAAGAAACUCCUGCAGAACCAGUUACAGAGGAACCAGCUGUUGAGUCUGCGGCGCCCGAUGAAGCCGCCGCUGAGCCAGCCGCCACUGAGGAACCAUCCGCAGAACCAGUUGCCGCUGAUGAGACACCUGCUGCUGAGCCUGAAGCUGAGGAGUCGCCAGCUGAUCCUCCUGCGGCCGAAGAGCCUGCAGCUGCUGAGCCUGAGGCGGAAGCACCCCAAGCUGAACCAGUCGCAUCUGAGGAGGCACCUGCCGAGCCGGCUGCGAGCGAAGAACCUCCUGCUGACCCUCCAACUGUCGAAGAAGCCCCAGUCGCGGAAGAGGCUCCCGCCGCUGAGGAAGCUCCCGCUGCUGUGGAGGCACCCGCUACUGAGGAGGCUCCUGCCCCUGAAGAAGCCCCGGCCCCAGAAGAAGCUCCCGUUGCCGAGAAAGCGGCUGAUGAUGAAGUCCCGGCUGCUGAAGAAGCCCCCGUCGCGGAAGAAGCCCCCGUUGCGGAAGAGGCUCCUGCUGCUGAAGAAGCCCCGGCUGAACCUUCUACGGUCGACGAACCUGCUGCUGAGGCUGUUGCUGCUGAAGAACCCGCUGCUGAAGAGCCCGUUGCUGAGGAACCAGCUGUUGAAGAGGCUCCCGCUGAGCCUGCUGCUGAAGAAGCCGCCGCCAAACCUGCUCCGGCUGAGGAACCUGCCCCGGCUGAGGAACCUGCUCCGGCUGAGGAACCUGCUGCUGAACAAAUUCCUGUUCCUGAGGAAGCUCCUGUUACUGAGGAACCGGCUGCUGAAGAAGCUCCUGCUGACCCUGCUCCAGCUGAGCCUGAAGCGGAACCCGCGACAGAGGAUAGUCAUGCAGCCGAGAUUGCCGCAGGAAUUGCGGUUGCCGCUGCUGGAGCGACUGCUGCGGCUGUUGUGGCUGACAAGACUGCGCCAGAAGGAGAGAAGACACGAGGUUUGGAUGUUGAGGAGAGCAAGGACUCAGUGCCGCCGAUUCCUAGUGAAGAGAAACCAGGUGAGAAUACCCCUCCUUCCCCCGAUUCCCCCGAUGGAGAUGCACGGGAAGGACCGGAUGGAGAGAAUCCCGAGGGCGCCGCCGAGGAUGUCCCGGAAGAUGCCCCGCACACCGAGGAAGACGAUGCCGCACCGGAGCCCUCUGGAGAGGAGACCGAAGUCCCAGCUGGAGAGGCCGCCGACCCGGAUGCCCCCGAGGCGCAAGCACAAGAGAGCGAUGGCGCGCCGCCAGCCGAAGAAGAGGUUUCACCGCAAGAGGACUUGACGACGACCGCUGAAGAGCCUGGGCCAGAGCCAAGCCCACCUGAAGAUGAGGACGCCGCCCCUGUCGAACAGACCGAGCCCGAACCCGCGCACGAGCAAGCCGAGCCGCAAGAGCCUGCACAGGUCGAACAAGAGCCCGAGAACGUCGAACAAGAACCUGAACAAGCUGAGCCACAAGAGCCUGAGCCUGUUGAGCCACAAGAGCCUGAGCCUGCCGAGCCACAAGAGCUUGCCGAGCCCGUUGAGCCUGUUGAGACUGAACCGCAAGAACCUGAGCCAGAACCUGAGCAAGCCCAGCCACAAGAGCCCGAGAACGUCGAACAAGCAGCUGAAGAAGUCGAGCCGCAAGAACCUGAGCAAGCCGAGUCACAAGAGCCUGAGCCUGCUGAGCCUGCUGAGCCCGAGCCAGAACCUGAGCAAGAGGCCGAAGAAGUCGAACAAGAACCAGAAGCAGUCGAGGUACAAGAGCCUGAGCCCGUUGAACCGCAAGAGGAUCAGGCACCUGUCGAACAAGAAAGUUCCCCAGCAGAAGCCAAUCCUGUCGAAGAUACACCAGAAGAAUCGACAAAGGACGCUCCAGACGCCGACGAUACAGAUGCUGUCAUCACAGGAGUUGCAGCCGUUGGUGUUGCCGGCGUCGCAGGCCUGGUGGCCAUAGAUCAACUUGGCAAGGACUCCGACGAAACCAUUUCACGACGCGGUUCUUCAGACAAGCUCACACAGACUCUUGAUGGCAACAUUCCAAUGUCAGGGUCCGCUACUCUUACGGGACCCAAGCCAGAAGACGUCGACGUUGAUGCCAACUUCAGCCCGGUGGAGAAGGAAGGUUUCUCAGAUCAAGGCACGCAAACAGACAGCAGCUCUGUCUUCGGCUUCAGGCCCUCGACUCCAGCUGUGAUCCUGCCUGAUCUUUGCGAUCCUUCAUCACCAGCCUCCAGGGCGAGGGCAAAGGCACUCAGGCGGCAACGCAAGCUCUCGGUUGCUCGGGCCGAAGAACUUGUUGCAGCGGCCGUGAUUAUCUAUGCUACGGCCCAGACUCUCAGCCCUCCGAACAGUCCCUCCUCCCAGGACAGCACACAGCUCAUCAAGGCUAUGCCCAGCUUGGAUCAACAGUUGAAGAUGAAGCCAAAGAAGGCUCGAGCAUUUUUCUCGCGGGUCCUACCAAGCCUUCUUUCCAGACGCAGGAGUACUACCACUAAGGGAGCGGAUACAGUCAAUGAGUUUGGUGCUAACCAGUUUAUAGAAAGAAAAGAGGAGCGCGACAAGCACCGCCGACACCGCCGUUCUUCCCACUCUUCCCACCAUCCAUCUUCAUACUCCAGUCGCCGGGCUGAGGAAGAAGGCCGCGACAGCAGUCGUCGUCAUUCGUCUCACUCCCACCAAUCUUCUCACCGCCGUCACCGCACCGACAGCGACCGAUCAUCUUACCGAUCUCGCGACACGGCUCCAAGCACGCCCCCGAGAACGCCCAAGCGACAAGACAGCGGCUUCUCGGAAAGCCCACAGACACAGACCACCACCCGCCGCCGCCGACACAGCGAGCGAAGCGAAGGUCGCAGUGAGCAUACGGAGAGAAGCGAGAGACGUUCUGAGCGCACUCCUGAGGAGCAAGCAGCUCAUGAUAGAAGAAAGGAAGAGCGAAGACUUGCAAGAGACAAGGAACGCGCGCGCGAGCGGGAAGCCGAGCUCGAGCGGGAGAGGGAGCAAGAGCGAAGAGAUAGAGAGAGAGACAGAGAACGAAGAAGGGAGAGGGAACGGCAGCGCGAGCGUGAGCUGGAGAGGGAGCAAGAGGAGAAGGAGAGAGAGCGCCGUCGCAGCACCAAGGGAAAGGAGCCAGAGAUCCUCGACAGGUCACAGGAACCCAUGGACCGCAGCCACCGCCGUUCUUCUCGUCGUCACAGUACCUCGGAGCACAACCGCCCCGAGCGCGUUAUCCCGGAGCGCACCUCCAGCAAGCGAGAACGCAAAGAUGUGCGAGAACCCUCGUCGGACAGGACAGGGCCAAGACGAUUCUUCAGCGUCAGAAACCGAGAAGGUACGGCUUCAUCGGCAGCAGCCCCCCCUCAGGAUCCCCCCCUUGCCAAGGACGACAUGCCAAUGGAUGACGACGCAGGACACCAAGACGCAGCGGCUACUCGCGACAUUCCUAAUCGGACAGACACCACGCGUUCCAGGCACCGUCACCGCCGCCAUUCUGAAGACGGCAGCGGCAGGGCUAAGCUCCAGAAAGUGCGUGACCAGGUCGCCGAGGAGGCCAGGCGAGUGGCAGAGGAGAAGCCCCGCUCGAAGCAUUCUUCUCAUCACUCCCAUGCCAGUCCGGACGAUUCUCGUCGCAGAGCUCGCGAGGAGGGCAGGAAGAAGACGAGAGAUGUUGAGAAGGAGAGGGAGCGGGAGAAGGAGAAGUCUGGCGGCAUCAAGGGCAUGUUCAAGAAACUGUUCAACUGA